AUGUGUAUAUAUGCUCGGUGUAAUGUUGAGAGGAAAAGGAAAUUGUGGGAUGAUCUAAGGGAGAGAAAGUCAAUAUCUAGUAAUUCAAUCUGGUGCAUAGCAGGCGACUUCAAUAGUGUGAGAAGGGUGAAUGAGAGGCAAGGAGCGAGUGUUGGCAUUGGAGAUGCGAGACAUGUAAAUGACUUUAAUCAAUUUAUCUCUAACAUGGACUUGGAUGAUUUACAAGUUGUGGGAAGGUCUUUUACAUGGUAUAGACCAAAUGGGUCUGCAAGAAGUAAGUUGGAUAGGUUCUUGGUCUCCCCUGAUUGGCUUAGUGUCUGGCCCAACAGUUCCCAACACAUCCUUCAAAGAGAUAUUUCUGACCAUUGUCCUAUUCUUCUCAAAAAUGCAUCUGUGGACUGGGGACUAAAGCCUUUUCAAACUUUCGACUGUUGGCUAGAUGAUAGUUUAUUUCGAGAAACAGUGGUUAAGGCAUGGCGAGAGUGUCAGAUAUGUGGAUGGGGAGCAUUUGUUUUAAAAGAGAAACUAAAGGUAAUGAAACGUGAAAUUAAAGAAUGGAGAAAGAAGCAUUUUGAUUUCUCUCAGACAGAGAUUAAUAAGGUGGUGGAUAAAAUGAAUGACCUAGACAAAAAGGAAGAGAAGGGUGAAGAAACAGAGGAAGACAAAAAGUAUAAGAUGGAGCUUCAGGAAGAAUUCUAG